GGGAGAGAGGAGGGGAGCGGCGGGAGGCGCAGGAGAGCCGGUGAAGUAUGGAGGAGCAGUGAGCGAAGGGAGCGAGAGCCAGGAGCCCUGCCCGGCAAAGAUGCACAAGAAGAAGGCUCCCCCGGCCCCGCCGGGACGCGGCGCGGCUGUAGCCAAACAGAUGGGCCUGUUGGUGGACAUCUCUCCCGAUGGAGUGAUGGUUCCCGAGGACGGAGAUAAUGAUGCUGACCUUGAAGCAGAGUUUAUGGCUUUGGUUGGAGCUCAGCCACCUUCUCGGGAGAAGGUCAAAGGCAAAGCCCCUCUGCCUAUGGAGGCCAUUGAGCGAAUGGCCAAUCUGUGUAUGAAGGACUUGGAUGAAGAGGAUGGGGAGGAGGAUGAAGAGGAUCUGGAGGAUGAUGACGAUUUGUUGGCGGAACUUGAUGAGGUUCUCGGAGCAGGGGAGGAGGAUUCCUCGGCUGCCCCUGCCCCCCCCGCCAAGCCCCAGACCAGCCCCAGCAGCCUGGAGACCACUCUGACCGAGAGGCUUGCCAUGUACCAGACGGCCAUCGCCAAUGCCAAGGAGACCGGGGACGGAGCCAAGCUCCGGCGCUAUGAGCGAGGCCUCAAGACAUUAGAGAACCAACUGGCUUCGGUGAGAAAGGGACGGAGUAUCAGCGAGGAAGACAUCCCACCCCCGGUGGCUGUGGGGAAGAGUGGAGUGUUCCCUGUGGCUGGCCCUGCUUCCCCGGAGGCCCUGCCCUCCCCCGCUCAGAGCACCAAGCCCCCCCAGCCUUCCUCACAGCCUCCUCCAGCCCCACCUGCAAUCCCACCCCUUGUGCUGCCCAAACCGAAGUCGCUUCCUGCUGACCCCGGUCAGGUCCCUGAGGAGGCUGAGGAGAGCCUUGUGACAUCGCCUGAGGGUUCUGACCUAGGUCUGAGGAGCUCCAGCACCCUGGCUCUGCUACAGCAUCGGCAGCGGGAGUACAAACUGGCCGCCCUCCAGUCCAAGCAGCAGGGAGACAACGAGAUGGCCACCAAGUAUUAUCGCGUGGCAAAGAGCUUUGAUGCUGUCCUGGAUACCCUGAGCAAGGGCGAAGCUGUGGACCUAGCCCACCUGCCCCCACCACCUGACCAGAUGCCCGUGGACCUGCCAUCCCCAGGGCCUCAGCCAUCUUCUCUAGCCCCAACACCCAACGCCGGGGUCAGCGCCAUCUCCCCCUCCACACCGGAGAUGCCCCCACCCCCGAAGAAUCGGAUGGAGGCCUUACAGCAGCGCAUGGACCGCUACCGAAUGGCUGCGGUGCAGGCCAAGAGUAAAGGAGACGAGCGGAAGGCCCGCAUGCAUGAGCGGAUCGUCAAGCAAUACCAGGAUGCCAUUCGAGCCCUCAAGGCAGGCAAAAAUGUGGAUGUGACAGAACUGCCAGUGCCCCCAGGCUUUCCCCCGAUCCAAGGCCUGGAGGCCUCUGCCCCUGCAGAGCAAAGCCUCGUGGGUGUGCUGGAGACCGCCAUGCGGCUAGCCAAUCAGGAAGACGGCGAUGACGAGGAGGAGACGAGGAAGCCCAGUCCUCGCCCAGCUCCCUCUGCACAGCCCAAACCACCAGCCCCGCGGGCACCUCCGGCAACAACCGCUCCAGCCGGGAAAGCAGUCCCCAAAGGCUCCACCAAAGCCCAGCAGCAGCUGGAGUUCCUGGAGGGGCGAAAGAAGCAAUUGAUGCAAGCGGCUCUGCGGGCCAAGCAGAAGAAUGACAUUGAGGGGGCCAAGAUGUUCCUGCGCCAGGCCAAGGGGCUGGAGCCCAUGCUGGAGGCUUCCCACAAUGGGCUGCCUGUGGACAUCACCAAGGUACCGCCAGCACCCGUCAACAAAGAGGACUUCAUGCUGCCCCAGCGACGUGGCGCUGGCAUGCCCCCCGAGGCCACCGGGCAGUACACUGAGUUGACCAAGCUGAUGAAGCAGCAGUACGAGAUGUGCCUCAGUUACUCCAACCAAUUCACUCACCUGGGGAAUGUCGCUGAAACCAGCAAAUUUGAGAAAAUGGCUGAGGACUGCAGGAAGAACAUGGAGAUCCUGAAGCAGGCUCAUGCCAAGGGUUUCCCGCUGCCCAAGUACCACUACGAGCAGAGGACCUUCAAUGUAGUCAAGAUCUUCCCUGAACUCAACAGCAACGAUAUGGUGCUUUACAUUGUGAAGGGCAUCAACCUUCCUGCUCCUUCAGGAGUGUCCCCUAGUGACCUGGACGCUUUUGUGCGCUUUGACUUCCCCUACCCCAAUGCGGAAGAAGCUCAGAAAGACAAGACCAACGUGAUCAAAAACACAGACUCCCCAGAAUUCAAAGAGCAGUUCAAGCUGUUCAUCAACCGUGGGCACCGGGGCUUCAAAAGGGCAGUCCAGACUAAGGGCAUCAAGUUCGAGGUGAUCCACAAGGGAGGACUGUUCAAGAAUGACCGGGUCCUGGGCACUGCCCAGCUGAAACUGGAGGCCCUGGAAUCAGCCUGUGAGAUCCGGGAGAUCCUCGAGAUCCUGGAUGGGCGGAGGCCUACUGGGGGGCGGCUGGAGGUGAUCGUUCGCCUGAGGGAGCCUCUGACCUCACAGCAGCUGGAGACAACCACGGAGAAGUGGCUGGUCAUCGACCCCCUGACCCUGCCCCCGGUGACAAUUCCUAAAACCAAAGCUGCCCCCGCUCCUCCUGUAGGGAGGGACCCUGGCAACAUGAGACCUGCUCGGGUGUUCCAGAGCCUCAGCGUGCUGGCCUUCGACCGGGAACGACUGGAAAGAAAGAUCCUAGCCUAUAAACAGGCAUGCCGACCAGUGCCCGGGGAGCUGGUGCAGAAGUACCAGGAUGUUCUGCAGCACAGCCAGUGGCAGAAAGCUCAGCUGGAGCAGGGGGGCCCAAGCAUCAGAAGAGAGUAUGUUGCUCAGCUGGAACACCAACUUCACUAUUAUACCAACAGCGCUCGGCGCCUGGGCAGCGAUGGCAAUCGGGAUGCAGCUAAGGAAGCUCUGUACAAGCGGAACUUGGUGGAGAGUGAGUUGCAGCAAUUCCGGAGGUGAUGCCCCAACCAGGGUGGCACUGCAGGAACCCGACCUCCUCACUAACUCCUUCUCCUGCCACCGCCUCCUUUCACCUCCCCUUUCCCUCUGCAUCUCCCCAUCUUGUUUCCUCCCUCCACAGCCUCCCCACCCCCCACCUUAGGAAGCAAAGGUAACUGGGCACUGACCCCUUUCCAAGGGAGAGGGGACCGUGGGCCCUGAAUGCUAGGAAGGAAGUGACCAGGGGAUGAGCUCUCUAGGAGGGUGAGGGGUACUCUACCCCAUCCCACAUCCUCGCUCCCUCCCAGCUGACCACCGGGCUCACCCGGAGACCAAACCGCCAGACAAUCACUUGACAAUCAAUUCUUUUCAACUCCCAGGGGGCUGCCUCUUCCUGCUUCCCAUCUGGGCCCCUCAGCUGCAGCUUCUGUUGCCAGGGUCCUUGUAGGGGGAGACAGGCACUCGGGAAAGUAACGUUCACUAGUUGAGGCUCUCGUUCCUCGAGUUUGAGGUCCUGCUUGCCGAGACAGGCUGGACGGGUUUCUCUUUCCUCUGCGUUGGGGUUGGAUUCAUCAGCCAUUUGGAGCCGUCAGCUUUUUUGGUACUCCACCACCCGCUGCGUGUGCAUUCAUGAUCACAUUGGAGUCACCCCCCAGGGGCUGACUGGAAUGUAAAUGGUGCCACUGAGUGGGCAGGGCCCCAAGUCAGGGUACCAGAACUGAUCCCAAAUGUCAGAGAACAGUUCUGGCAUCCUGGAAUCUCCUGAGCAGAACACUAAAGGAGUACCAACCUUUGGCUCCAACCUCUGGGCUCCACAAUUCCCUCUUCUCAGUACCUGCCUAAUCCUUUCCUUCCCACCUGAUCCUCAUGCCCCUCACCCACAGAGCACCCCCCUAGCCCCACUUUGCUCUCUCCAUGGAAACAAGAGUUUGCACAGCUGGACAAGUUCACCAGCAUCUGGGGUAUCCCAGGAGGUGGAACACGGGUACAGUGGAUGAGCGGGUGGCUUUUCCUAGUAGAGCUCGAGCUGGGCACUGCCCUCUCUUCCCCCAGAACAAAGAAGGGGAAACCCAGUGCUGCAGCCUAAUUCCAGCUGGCGGGUGGAUGUUAGCAAAGGUUGAUAAACCUGCUUCCACUCCCCAAGGGUGGCUCUGGGCCACCGGCUCCAGACCAGCCCUUUCCCUUUGGAGGGAAGAUGGGAUAGAGCCCACGGCCUCAGCUCCCUGGGCUUCUCUGCCAAGCCUGCUCCUCUCCCUGCCUUAUAACACCUUCCCUCCCUUCCCCCUCUUUCCCCACCGCCACCUCUCUGUGGUCCCAAAGAAAGCCGCCACAUGGGCACAAUGUCUGUAUGUCAGCUCAGGGGCACAGAUGCCCCAGAAACCAAAUUGUUAAACUCUCUGACUCCUCUGCGAGGGCUCUGAAAGUCCUCUUGGCUGUACUCACCCACCCUCCAGGGCUGACGCUGUCUGUGGGGAUCCCUGGCCUGAUGAUUGACAGGCACUGGGAAGAGCUAAGACGUUUGGUCCUCUGUUAGUUUUAUUGUUUUUCUCUGCUCAGAAUGGAAAGUCUCCCCAUCCCCUCCACAUCCUGGCUUGUCAGAGCCUAGACCUCCUGGACCUUUCUGGGCUUUUUGUGACUCUAUGGUGCCCCUGGAGAGGGGAAGGAAGAAGGGUGAAGGUGGCAAGGGCAAUGGGCACACAAAAUAAACAGCAAGGGUUGCACAUGA